CGUCCUCCUGGGAGGUACAGUUCAACACGUCAGCUGUGGUGGCCCUAAAUAACCACAACAACAACAACAAGAGCUGAAGUCGACAGAGAGGAAUAAGUUCAAUUUUCUGACAAUUUUCCUCAAUUUUUAUUAUCGUGGAAUAACUACCACUGCAGAACUGACCUAUGAGAUGCUUUUUGUGAACCACACUACCUGACUGCAUCUUCACACACACCAAAUCUCUAGUUCUACAAGAAGUUCUGGUCUAAGGAUAACACCUGUUACUUUUGUGAAUUUGUACUGGUCAGGUAUUACAAAGUAGACAGUUUUGCCCUUGAUAUUGUCAAACUCUUGAUAAAUAUGGAUGAACACAUAGAAGAUAAACCACAUCAGUGUUCAGUGUGUCUAAAAUCAUUUCGUGACAGAAGUAAUCUUCUGAAACAUUUGCGAAUACAUACCGGAGAUAAACCAUAUCAGUGUCCAGAGUGUCUGAAAGAUUUUAGUCAAAAAGGCCACCUUGUGACACACAUGCGAGUACAUACAGGAGACAAACCGUUCCAGUGUUCAGAAUGUUUGAAAGAUUUUAGUACAAAUGGCAAUCUUGUGAAACAUAUGAGAGUGCACACAGGAGAUAAACCACAUCAGUGUUCAGUGUGUGAGAAAUCUUUUAGUGAGAAAGGCAGCCUUGUGAUACAUAUGCGUGUACAUACUCGAGAAAAACCUUAUCACUGUACAGAGUGUCUGACAUAUUUUAGUGCAAAAAGUAGUCUUGUGACACAUAUGCGAAUGCAUACAGGUGAUAAGCCAUAUCAGUGUACAGAGUGUCCAAAAUGUUUUUACACAAAAAGUAGUCUAGUGAAGCAUAUGAGAGUACAUACAGGAGAUAAACCAUACCGGUGUUCAGAAUGUCUGAAAUAUUUUAGUUCAAGUGGAAAUCUUGUGACACACAUGCGGUUACAUACUGGAGAUAAACCAUAUCAGUGCUCAGAAUGUCUGAAAUGUUUCAGUCAGAAUGGCAGCCUUGUCAAACAUAUGAAAGUACACGCUCGAGAUAAACCAUUUCAGUGUUCAGAGUGUCCAAAGUAUUUUAGCAAAAAAGGCAAUUAUGAAAGACAUAAGCUAGUACAUAUAGGAGAUAUGAAGCCUAUCAGUAUUCAGGGUGUCUGAAAUAUUUUUUUGCCAUAUAGGCCACUUUGUGAAGCACUUUGGAAUGUAUGUACAAGAGAUAAAGGAGAUUAGUGUUUAGUGUAUCAGAAAUAAUUUAGUUAUUGACAAGUCUUGUGAAAAAAAUGACAAUGUAUUAAUGAGACACGUUUUCAGUGAUCAUAGUGAAGGAUUUAAGUUCAUUCAUGCAAAGUAUAUAAGUUCAUAGAGGAGAUAAAUACCAUUAAUAUUCAAAGCAUCAUAUAUGUAUGUAUGUAUAUACAUGUACAGUGGUACCUCGGGAUAUGAAUUUAAUUCUUUCCAGAAGGCUGUUAGAGUGCUGAUACCGAACGAAUUUGUUCUCAUAAGAAAUAAUGUAAAUUAGAUUAAUGCAUUUCAGACCCUCAAACAUACACUUUCAAAAACACUUACAUAAAUACACUUACAUAAUUGUUCGCGUUUUGAGCUGUUCAUACCCCGAGCACCACUGUAUAUGUUUAAGGAAGAGAUCAAAAUAAAAUGUGUGAUAGGAACUAUAUAAAAAAGAAUUAUACUGCAAACAAUAAAGAGGCCAAUCUGAGCACUUUCAUGAGCCUACACACAUUUUGUCAGAGGACUGGUAAGAGAGACAUUUUAUGUUACAAAGUGAGGUGAUACUUAAAAGUUGUAUUUGAAAGUACCCAUAUAUAACUAGUGAAAAUCGACAGGAAGGGGAAUUUGUGCAGAGAACAUAUGGAAAUAAUGCAUGGCAUUCAUUAAAAAAUCACAAAACAAUGUAUGCAAGUAUGAGAAAUAUCUGUAAGCACAGAUUUUUAUUGUAGUCACUCAAUUUUUCUUCAAUUUCUUCCUUCACAAAUCCCAUGCAUUCUUACCAUACGUUCACUGUGCAAAUUCCCCUACUUGUCUGUUUAUUUUUGCUAUUUAUGUAUCUAUAAUUUCAAAUUAAGCUUUGAGAUAUAACUUCAUUAUGUAUAUACCAGUAGGUAGUAGGUUGGUAGACAGCAGCCACCCAGGGAGGUACUACCGUCCUGCCAAGUGAGUGUAAAACGGAAGCCUGUAAUUGUUUUACGUGAUGGUAGGAUUGCUUGUGUCUUUUUUCUGUCUCAUAAACAUGCAAGAUUUCAGGUACAUUUUGUUACUUCUACUUACACUUAGGUCACACUACACAUACAUGUACAAGCAUAUAUAUACAUACCCCUCUGGGUUUUCUUCAAUUUUCUUUCUAGUUCUUGUUCUUGUCUAUUUCCUCUUAUCUCCAUGGGGAAGUGGAACAGAAUUCUUCCUCCGUAAGCCAUGCAUGUCGUAAGAGGCGAUUAAAAUGCCGGGAGCAAGGGGCUAGUAACCCCUUCUCCUGUAUAUAUUACUAAAUUUGAAAGGAGAAACUUUCGUUUUUCCUUUUGGGCCACCCCACCUCGGUGGGAUACGGCUGGUAUGUUGAAAGAAAGAAAGAUGUAUAUACCAUUAAAAUGUACCUCUCUUGCCUGUUGCUCUGAAGGUCCUCACCUAGUUGUGGUUGCAGGGGUCGAGUCACAGCUCCGGGUGGUGUGUGUGUGUGUGUGUGUGUGUGUGUGCGUGCAUGCAUGUGUAAGAACAUGAAAGUACUCAGGUUUUCCUGUUCAUUUUUUCAUUGUGGUACAUCAUAUAUUUGUAUGUAUGUAUAUGUAUAUACAGUGUAGGUGGUAUAAAUAUGCAUGCACUUGAACACAUCACACAGAAAACAACACUGCCUACCAUAAGCUAUUCUUUUAAAUAUAUAAUACAUACACACACACACACAAACAUAAGUGAAAAAAUAUAUCUUUAAACAUAUAUAAGAAAAUUUUAAAAAGGACUUCAUUUUAAAUGAGUUCCUGUUUUACCUAUUCGGCACAGGAUUAUAUAUAGAGUGGUCCCUCGUUUAUCGUCCUUAAUCCGUUCCUGGAAGUGGGACGAUUAUUGAAAUAGAUGAUUUUCGAAUCAAUUUUCCCCAUAAGAAAUAAUGUAAAUACAAUUAAUCCGUUCCUGACACCCUGAAGUAUUAAAACAAAAAUUUUUUUUACAUGAAAUAUAGAUGUAGUACAUAAACAAUACAAUGGGACAUGAUGAAUGAAACGUUAACAGCAUAACACUUACCUUUAUUGGCGAUUCUUCUUGGUGUAUGGAAGACUGGAGGAGGAGAGAGAUUGUAUUACUGUUUGGAAGGGGAAUCCCCUUCUAUCAACACCUCAGGUACCAAGUGCUUUUCUGGGGUUACUUCUCUUCUCUGUUUCUUAAUGCCACUAGGACCAGCUUGAGAGUCACUGGAGUCCUGUCUCGCAAAAUAACUGUGCAGAGAGCUCUGUUUCUGGCGUCUCUUUAAAACUUCCCUAAAAUGGGCCAAGACUCUGUCACUGUACAAGUUGCCGAUAUGGCUUCCAACUUCCUUCUCAGGGUGAUGUUUCUCCAUAAAUCUUUCCAUCCUACCCCACAUUUCAAAACUCUCCUUAAUUUCUGAAGAAGGCACCUUCUUCCAUCUCUCUUCCUCCUUCUCUGCAGCAAAAUUCUGAGCUGUGAUCUGUUGCUGUUCCUGUUGAAGCUCUUGCAGCUCCUCUCCUCUUCAAUGGGGGCUCCUUGGCAUGGUGAAGAGGCUCUUGGUCUGAGGAAUUAGACCUGUUGGUCUUCUUUCUCAGACCGAACCUAAUUACCCCCAAUCCCCCCUCCCUUAUCCCAUCCUCCCUUUUCCUUUUCUUCCUCCUCCUCCCCACUCCUCCCUAUUACCCUUCCUUUUUUUUUUUUUCCACAGGCACGCUAGUUCCUAGGUAGGGGAAAGGGUACUGGGGUCCAUCCCAUUCCAUUGAGGUUCUUGGUGGUGGUGUAGUUUGCCGUGGAAUCUGGAUCACCUGGGGAUGUCCCAAUCCCUCUCCGGUCUCGCAGGGAGUGGCUUUGGGUAUCUUUCAGGCAACGGGUGUAUCUCUGGAGGCUGCCUUUCAGAUUCCGGGGGUGGUGGCCAAAGGAGGUAUGCUCUGUGGCGAAUAUCCGGCCGCCCUCUCUUUUGUCCACCGAGGUAGCUCGGCAGAUGUGAGGUUGCUAUCCCGGAUUGCUGGUUUACUGGCAUGAUGGGUAGGGUAUGGAACGGGUUCCAUGCUGCAUCUGCACUACUUGCGGUGCUGAGGUCCUCUUGGGCAGAGGGAGAUUUCUGGCCUUCUCAUUCCUCCCAGGAACUAUCCCCCUCCAGUCCCCCCUUUUUUAUUCUUUUUUUUUUAUUUUUAUUUUCUUUUCUUUUUUUUUUCUUAAAAACAAAAAGAAAGAAGUAACCUAACCAUGGAAGCCCUAGUCCAUGAACCUGCUACCCCCGGGCACCUUCUUGAUACUGCAUCCCGUUCUGACCCCGCCUUAUCUUUGGACCACUCUUUGGGCACUCUAAUGCCUCUGUACCUCUUGCCGGUGCUGUUUCCUCACCCGCUUCAGGUACUGAGGUCUCGACUGACUCCUUCGAUUUAUCUGACCUCCGUUCUCCUUUGACUAUGCUUCUGGCCUCUCCCUCUACGGUACGGCAAUUUUCGAAUCGCCGGCCCGUUCCACGUCGGACCAACUCUGGUCCCACUCCUAAACUCCAACGACAAUUACCUGCUGAUGAUACUUCUCCACCUUCUCGUUCUUCUCAGAAAAGAUCGACACGUCCUGCAUUCCCUUUCCAUGCUCAGUUUCAGAAUGCACAAUUGACUAAAUUCUUCACUUUUUGACCGACUUCCUCUAUUGCCUAUCUUUCCGACCAUAGUAUUGGCAAGGCACUCCUACGCCAUGUUGGUAAAGAUAUUUCUUUUCAUGCUCUUAAGAGCGGUAUGUGCAUCAUCACUGUACAGAAUGCUACCCAGGCUCAUGAUCUUUCUCUUCUUUCCCAUAUCAAUACUGUUCCUGUCACUAUUGAAAAACAUCAUUCCCUCAAUUCUUGUAGUGGUACCAUCAUUCUGCCCCAUACCAUAGCUCAACAAAAUUUCCAGACAUGUGGCAAUGACAUUCUUGAACAGCUGGAACUCCAAGAUCUCCCAAUCCUCAAGGUAGACACUUAUGUUCUUCCUGCCCGCGGGCGGAGACGAUACCCUAGCAAAGUGGCUCAUUUAACUUUUGACAGCCAUGAACUCCCAUCCUCAGCUUAUGUAGCAGGACAUCGGUUACAAGUUCGAAAGCUGAUCCCUACACCGCAACAGUGUAGAAAUUGCUGGCGAUUUGGCCAUCCAACGAAAUAUUGCAGAUCUAUAGCCGAAUGCCCAGUCUGUGGUGCCGAUGACCAUUCUAAUACGCCUUACAAUCGACCUCCCUCUUGCCUUAAUUGUCAUGAGGCUCACCCUUUGUACUCUCACCGUUGCCAAGUCUACUUAAAUGAGUGGGAAAUGCAUUACCUCAAAGAGGCAGAAGGUCUCCCUUAUGCCAUGGCAGUUUCUCAUCUCUGCCUCCAAGGGAGACUACCUCGUGUUUCUUAUUCCCGUGUUUCAAAAUGUCCCCCUACUUCUGGGGUCCCAUCUUCUGCAGCAUCCUCUGUGGUUACCUCUCCCAUAGUCACUCCUGUAUCUAAUUCUUUUGCUGUCCUGGGCUCAGAUGUCCCUACUUCAAUCGCUUCUUCAUGUUCUCCCUCACAAGCAUCGGUAUCGACGAGAUCUCGUACGACACCUCUUCCCAAUCGUCCCUCUACUUCUCAGAAGUCAAAAAAAGGUCCUUUAACCCCUCCUUCCCUUCCACCUCCUCAUUUUACCUUCCCUGUCUCUGUACCUGGUUCUUCCCCUCUCACUGGCUCUGUUACAAGUGUAGAGGUUCACCCUCCUCAUACUGUACCUUCCUCCCCUGUUCCCUCCCAAGUUUCUUCCUCUUCUGCCACCUCCCAGGUUUCUGCCUCUUCUGUCCCCUUCCAUGCUUCUUCUCCAGUUCCCUCCACCCUUUCACCCCCCCCUACCUUGGUACAGUCCAUUACAGUUCCAGUCUUUACUCAUCCUCCCCCUACCAUCUCCAAUAUUGUCUCCCAUAUGACGUCUCUGAAUUCCGAAACACUGCAAUCUCUGAAUAUAUUGCAGAGACCAACCCAUCAAUGGACACUGAUCCACCCUCUGUUCCUUCUCGCUCCUCUCCUCCAUCUUCGCAGCGCACCGUUCCUUUGCUGCUUGAACGUUUUCCGCUGCCUCCGCAUGUGGACUUUUCUAACCCCUCUAGUCCAUAGGAACCCUUACCUGCAGUUUUCAGGUAUCUUUAUCAUUGCCAAUCAUGGCCUAUUUACAGUGGAAUAUACACGGCCUCUGGGGUAAUCGGGGUGAGCUUCAAAUGUUACUCUCCCAGUUUUCCUCUGUUGGUGUUUGCUUACAGGAACCAAAAUUACACUCUGCUGUUAUCUAUCCCAUCUCAGGCUAUAAUAUAUUGUAUUCUUCAGAUCCUUUUCCUAAUGAGACCUUUAAUGAAAGUGCCCUUCUUCUACGCACUGAUAUUCUGUACCAUCAGCUAUUUGUUCGUACUUCGCUGCAUUACACAGCAGCCCAUAUCGACUUGCAUAGGUGGUAUACGCUCUGUUCUUUGUAUCUCUCUCCUUCUCGGGCAUUAUCUAUUCUGGAUAUUGCCUUUCUUGUUUUCUCAUUACCGCCACCGCUUCUGUUAUUUGGCGAUUUUAAUGCCCAUCAUUUCCUCUGGGGGGGUCUCACUGUGAUUCCCGUGGCAUUCAGUUACAGGCUUUUCUUGCUACGCACCCCCUCCAUGUUUUAAAUACAGGUACUCGCACCCAUUUUGAUCCUCGGACUCUCACAUCUCUUGCAUCGAUCUCUCAGUCUGCUCUUCCUCCGCCGCAUUAGACUUCACCUGGUCUUUUCUCCCGGAUUUACAUGACAGUGAUCAUUUCCCAAUCAUUCUUACUUCCCCUUCAUAUUCACCACCUUUUUGUACCCCACGCUGGCAAUUUGAUCAGGCAAGUUGGAACCUUUACUCACAACUAACUGUUUUUAGUGAGGUUCCUUCCUUGCCCUCCAUUGAUGAGCUUUUACACCUCUUCUCAUCCUCUGUUUUAACCACAGCUUCUCAUUCUAUACCCCAAACUUUGGGCAGGCAUUCUCAGAAAUGCAUGCCUUGGUGGUCUCCUGCUUCUGCUCGUGCAAUAUGUUUGAAAUGCGCUGCGUGGGGCAGGUACCGGUACAAUACAACCACAGAGAGACUUCUUGAUUUUAAGCAGAAGCGUGCGAUUACUCGCCGUGUCAUCCAUGACACUAAAAGCACUUGCUGGCGAGAUUAUAUCUCCACCAUCACCUCUGCUUCCUCUAUGAGUGCAGUCUUGAAAAAAGUAUGAAAACUGAGUGGUAAAUAUUCUCCUGACCCGGCUCCUGUUCUGCGGGUUGCCGGUGUUGAUAUAGCAAACCCACUAGAUGUUGCCAAUGAAAUUGGCAAUCAUCUGGUCUGUAUUUCUCAGGGACUCCAUCUAUGCCCCUCAUUUGCUUCCUCAAAGUCUGCCAGAGAGUUAGCACCCUUGGACUUUUCUUCUCUCAGAGAAGAACAGUAUAAUGUGCCUUUUACACUUCAAGAACUGGAGGCAACACUCUCAGCUUGCCAAUCAUCGGCAGCUGGGCCCGACGUCAUUCAUAUUCGUAUGCUACAACAUUUACAUCAGUCAGCCCUUGCAGUCCUAUUACACCUUUACAGUCUUAUUUGGUCACAAGCAGUUCUUCCACAGCUGUGGAAAUCCGCCAUUGUUCUCCCUUUCCACAAACCAGGCACUACGAGACAUGAAGCCUCCCACUAUCGUCCCAUUGCUCUUACCAGUGCAGUUUGCAAAGUGAUGGAAUGCCUAGUAAAUAGACGUUUAGUGUGGUAUUUAGAGACACACAAUAGUCUCUCCACUCGUCAAUAUGGCUUUCGUAAGGGACGUUCUACCAUAGACCCCUAUCCCGAACCGUCAUCCCGGAUAUGACCAUCCAGAAAUCAUUCUAGAUAAUCAUUAUCAUCCCGGACAGGCCCCCAUAUAUUACAAAAAAGUAAUUUUUAAAAGAUGGUGAUAUGAUUUACUCCUUUUGUAAUAAAGAGUUCGGGAUACAUAAAUACACACAUUAAUAAAUUAAUCUUUAAUAUAUAAAAAUCAACUAUCUUUGGUCUAGAGGUAUUUGAACUAUGAUAUAAUAAUAAUAUGUACAUGUUACUAUAAUAAAUUAUAAUCAGCAUUUUACUAAAAUAAUAAAUAAUUAAUAACCCUACACAGGGUACAACUCUUGACACUAUUGUGUCACUAUAUAUAUAUAUAUAUCUCUAUGCUAAAAUAAUAAAUUAUAAAUAACAUUUGUAUAAUAAUAAAUUACAAUCAACUGCUUCUCACGACACGAGGCCAGUCACACGAUACUAUUCAGUGUACACUACAACCAGGCCAUCUUCAGUGUCCCACGACACCCUUUUCAUCUCAGUGUUCCACUACGGUCCUGUGCAUAUCUCAGUGUUCCACUCCAUCAUACGUUCCUAAGUGUCACACUACGGUCCUGGCCCAGUUCAGUGUAACACUCCAACCUUUUCUUCAUGUAAUGUCCCACCAAACAGCAUCUGAUGAUUCCGGCCCACAGUUGAUCAGCGUAGACGGUGAGUCCACAGACAUCACCGGUAGUCCAGUAAAUCCUCUCCAAAGGCGGUUGACACACCGCUAGCCGAACACCAUGCUGCAAGCUCACUGAAUGCGGCCGUCAAGUAACUGAGGCCAACAGACUCAGUGAGCUGCGGUGAGCGGUUCUUCUAACGCCAGUAGAUAGGUACGAUUCGGUGGUCAGGUACCUACUGCAUAGACGUGUACCCUGAGGAGUUCAGGUACUUAAUGUUGAAGCCAGUAGACGUGUACCCUUAGGUGUGCAGGUACCUACUGCUUAGGUGCAUAUCCUGAGGCGCUCAGGUACAUACUGUUACUAAAGCCAGUAGACUGUACCCUUAGGUGGUCAGGUACCUACUGCUUAGAUGUGCACCGUGAGGCACUCAGGCUCUUACUGCUCUAAGGCCGGCUCAGCAGCCCCCACAUUGGGUUUGAUGACGUACCCAGUGGUACUGCCGGCCGGCAGGUUAACUAUUUAACCGCUAGUUUGGCAGGGGCCGCAACACUUGGAUACAUAUGUUCGUAAUGCCUUUGCGAAUAACCACUCAGUUUUUGACAUUUUUUUUGACCUUGAGAAGGCAUAUGACACAACUUGGAGGUAUAAUAUUUUAGCCCAAGCCCACUCCUUAGGCCUUUGAGGCAAUCUACCAUCCUUAAGAACUUUUUAACUGACAGGCUUUUCCGUGUUCGGGUUAAUAAUGUGCUCUCCCCGGACUUUAUCCAAGCUGAAGGUGUCCCCCAGGGAUGUGUUCUGAGCACAACACUUUUUCUCCUUGCUAUUAAUGAUUUGUCCUCUAGUCUUCCAUCAAAUAUUUGGUCAUCACUCUAUGUUGAUGACUUCGCUAUUGCCUGUGCAGGCGCUGACUGUCACCUCAUUACAGUUUCUCUCCAGCAUGCAGUCGACCGUGUUUCCAAUUGGGCCACCACACAUGGGUUUAAAUUUUCCAGCACUAAAACCCACCAAAUUACUUUCACUAGACGCUCUGUCAUCUCCGAUUAUCCUUUGUACCUCUAUGGCUCCUGUAUCCCUGAACGUGAUACAGUCAAGUUUCUGGGCCUCCUCUUUGACCGUAGGUUAUCCUGGAAACCUCACAUUACCUCUCUGAAGGCAACUUGUCACAGCCGGCUGAACCUUCUUAAAACCCUUGCUCAUCUUUCAUGGGGAGCUGAUCGUCAAACCCUCCUUCGCCUACAUUCCACCCUCAUUUUAUCGAAACUUGAUUAUGGUGACCAGAUCUAUUCAGCGGCAUCUCCUGCUACUCUCUCUAGCCUUAACCCCAUUCAUCACCAAGGAUUAUGUUUAUGCCUUGGUGCUUUUCGCUCUUCCCCUGUCGAGAGCCUCUAUGCAGAAGCGAACGUUCCAUCCUUAUCCGAUCGCCAUGAUGCCCAUUGCCUUCGCUACUAUGUACGCUCUCAUGAUCUCCGCAAUCCUUCCAUUUAUAGAAUGGUCACUGAUAUUAGUAGACAUUCUUUAUUUGUUUGCCGUCAAUUACCACCUUUCUAUGUUCAUGUAGCAUCUCACUUUUCCCUACCCCCCUGGGAAGUUCCAGCUGUUCGAGUCUGUUCUUUCUCUCUCCCUUGCUCAAAAGCCCAACUGUCUAUGGUCGCUUCCCGCUCUCUUUUUCUUGACCACUUUCACUCUCAUUCUCAUGCCAUUGCUGUGUACACAGAUGGCUCUAAGUCUUCUGACGGCAUAGGAUUCGCAGCAGUGUUUCCGGACAGCAUCGUACGAGGGCAUUUACUGUCUUCGGCUAGUAUUUUUACUGCUGAAUUGUAUGCCAUUCUUGCAGCACUUAUCCGUAUUGCAUCUAUGCCUGUGUCAUCAUUUGUGGUUGUCUCAGACCUCCCUUAGUGCUUUACAGGCUAUACAGAAAUUUGAUACACCUCACCCCUUAGUCCUCCGUAUGCAACUUUGGCUACGCCGCAUCAUUACCAAGCAUAAAGAUAUUGUUUUUUGUUGGUUCCCUGGUCAUGUUGACAUACAGGGCAAUGAACAGGCAGACACUGCUGCGCGGUCAGCAGUACAUGACCUACCAGUUUCAUAUAGAGGUAUUCCAUUUACGGACUAUUUUGCUGCAAUAUCUUCCCACCUUCACACACGUUGGCAACAACGUUGGUCUACUAUGCUUGGCAACAAACUUCAAUCUAUUAAACCGAGUAUAGGUUACUGGCCGUCUUCUUAUCACCAGUGUCGAAGUUGGGAGACUACUCUCUUCCGUCUUCACAUUGGCCAUACUCGUCUUAAUCAUGGAUAUCUUAUGGAGAGGCGCCCUGAUCCUCUCUGUGUGAAUUGCCAAGCUCCAUUAUCAGUCAGCCACAUUCUGUUGGACUGCCCACUUUAUCAAUGAGCACGCAGAAUUUGCCUCCGUCGUCGUCUUCGCUCCGCUGCUCUCUCUUUACCUUCCCUUCUCGCUGAUGGACCAACCUUUCAUCCGGACUCUCUCAUUGACUUUUUGACAACAACUGACUUACUUCACAAACUCUGAUACCUUCAGCCCUUUCUACUUCAAUCUCUUGCUACCCUCUACCCCCGUACUAUCCCCUGUCCCGCUGUUUUCUGUAACCUACUGAUCAUCCCUCCUCCCUUCUGCCAUCCAAUACCCUCGCUUCCUUCCCUACCCUGCAGUGCUGUAUAGCCCUUGUGGCUUAGCGCUUCUUUUUUAUUAUAAUAAUAAUUCGCUUGGAUACGUAUGUUCGUAAUGCCUUUGCAAAUAACCACUCAGUUAUUGCCAUAUUUUUUGACCUUGAUAAGGCAUGUGACACAACUUGGAGGUAUAAUAUUUUGGCCCAAGCUCACUCCUUAGGCCUCCGAGGCGAUCUACCAUCCUUCCUUAAGAACUUUUUAACUGACAGACAUUUCCAUGUUCGGGUUAAUAAUGUGCUGUCCCCGGACUUUAUCCAAGCUGAAGGUGUCCCCCAGGGAUGUGUUCUGAGCACAACACUUUUUCUCCUUGCUAUAAAUGAUUUGGCCUCUAGUUUUACAAUAUUUGGUCAUCACUCUAUGUUGAUGACUAUUGCCUGUGCAGGCACUGACUGUCGCCUCAUUACAGUUUCUCUCCAGCAUGCGGUCGACCGUGUUUCCAAUUGGGCCACCACACAUGGGUUUAAAUUUUCCAGUUCCAAAACUCACCAAAUUACUUUCACUAGUUGCUCUGUCAUCUCCGAUCAUCCUUUUAUCUCUAUGGCUCCCGUAUCCCUGAACGUGAUACAGUCAAGUUUCUGGGCCUCCUCUUUGACCGUAGGUUAUCCUGGAAACCUCACAUUACCUCUCUGAAGGCAACUUGUCACAGCCGGCUGAACCUUCCUAAAACCCUUGCUCAUCUUUCAUGGGGAGCUGAUCAUCGAACUCUCCUUCGCCUACAUUCCACCCUCAUUUUAUCGAAACUUGAUUAUGGUGACCAGAUCUAUUCAGCGGCAUCUCCUGCUACUCUCUCUAGCCUUAACCCCAUUCAUCACCAAGGAUUAUGUUUAUGCCUUGGUGCUUUUCGCUCUUCCCCUGUCGAGAGCCUCUAUGCAGAAGCGAAUGUUCCAUCCUUAUCCAAUCGCCGUGAUGCCCAUUGCCUUCGCUACUAUGUACACUCUCAUGAUCUCCGCAAUCCUUCCAUUUAUAGAAUGGUCACUGAUAUUAGUAGACAUUAUUCACCGCCCGUUUACUCCAUCCCUUCUCUCUUCGCCUACAUUCGCUCUUGUCUUCUCUUCAGUUACCACUUUUCUAUAUUUAUGUAGCAGCUCACUUUUCCCUACCCCCCUGGGAAGUUCCAGCUGUUCAAGUCUGUUCUUUCACUCUCCCCCUUGAUCGAAAGCCCAACUGUCUACGGUCGCUUCCCGCUCUCUUUUUCUUGACCACUUCCACUCUCAUUCUCAUGCCAUUGCAGUGUACACAGAUGGCUCUAAGUCUUCUGACGGUGUAGGAUUCGCAGCAGUGUUUCCGGAUAGCAUCGCACGAGGGCAUUUACUAUCUUCGGCUAGUAUUUUUACUGCUGAAUUGUAUUCCAUUCUUGCAGCACUUAUCCGUAUUGCAUCUGUGCCUGUGUCAUCAUUUGUGGUUGUCUCAGACUCCCUUAGUGCUUUACAGGCUAUACAGAAAUUUGAUACACCUCACCCCUUAGUCCUCCGUAUCCAACUUUGGCUACGCCGCAUCUUUACCAAACAUAAAGAUAUUGUUUUUUGUUGGGUCCCUGGUCAUGUUGACAUACAGGGCAAUGAACAGGCAGACACUGCUGCACGGUCAGCAGUACAUGACCUACCAGUUUCAUAUAGAGGUAUUCCAUUUACGGAUUAUUUUGCUGCAAUAGCUACCCACCUUCACACCCGUUGGCAACAAAUUUGGUCUACUAUGCUCGGUAACAAACUUCAGUCUAUUAUACCGAGUAUAGGUUACUGGCCGUCUUCUUGUCACCAAUGUCGAGGUUGGGAGACUACUCUCUCCUGUCUUUGCAUUGGCCAUACUCAUCUUAUUCAUGGAUAUCUCAUGGAGAGGCGCCCUGCUCCUCUCUGUGAGAAUUGUCAGGUUCCAUUAUCAGUCAGCUACAUUCUGUUAGACUGCCCACUUUAUCAACGAGCACGCAGAAUUUACCUCCGUCGUCGUCUUCGCUCCACUGCUCUCUCUUUACCUUCCCUUCUCGCUGAUGGACCCACCUUUCAUCCGGACUCUCUCAUUGACUUUUUGACAACAACUGACUUCACAAACUAUGAUACCUUCAGCCCUUUCUACCACAAUCUCUUGCUACCCUCUACCCUCGCACUAUCCCCUGCCCCGCUGUUUUCUGUAACCUACUGAUCAUCCCUCCCUCCUUCUGCCGCCAAAUACCCUCGCUUCCUUCCCUACCCUGAAGCGCUGUAUAGCCCUUGUGGCUUAGCGCUUCUUUUUUAUUAUAAUAAUUGCAGCUCCUCAGUGGUUAGCUCUUCGUUGUGCUCCUCCACCAACUCUUCCACAUCCUCCAAACUCACAUCCAACCCUUGGAACUCCCCAAUGCCACAAUAGAGUUCACAACUGACGUAGGCUCAUCAGGGGUCACCUCAAACCCUUCAAAAUCCCUCUUGUGGACACAAUCUGGCCACAAUUUUCUCCAAGGAGAGUUCAAAGUCCUGGUAGUCACUCCCUCCCAAGCCUUACCUAUAAGAACAUAAGAACAUAAGAAAGGAGGAACACUGGGGCAGGCCUGUUGGCCCAUACUAGGCAGGUCCUUUACAAUUCAUCCCACUAACAAAACAUUUGCCCAACCCAAUUUUCAAUGCUACCCAAGAAAUAAGCUCUGAUAUGCAAGUCCCACUCAAAUCCGACCCCUCAUAUUGUUCAAUGACUUUUUCUUAAAUUCAAUCAUAUUUCUCACCUUCUUUACCAAAGGCUUGGCACUAGGAGCUUUCUUUGGAGCCAUGGUAGCAUAUUUAGCACUUGCAAGCACUAAAAUGAAUGGAAUAUUAUGAAAUAUUUUGCAUGAACAAGUGAGGGGACCGUUGCUCACUGGCAAACAAUGGCACACUGGCUGGGAAGGGAGGCCGAGCUAUGAGUACGCGUCCAAGAUGAAAGACGAUUAGCGAGUCAAUGGACCAUUUGCAAGCCAAUGUUUGGUUGAAAUAACGCAACGAUUUCCGAAAAGGAUGACUUUUGAGCCGGACAAUUAUCGAGGGACCACUGUAUAUAUAAUUUCAGCUGGCUACAGCAAACCCUCAAUUCUUUUGUUUGACAAACAUGAAAUUCCUGCAUCAGAGGGUGUUCAGCAGGGUGAUCCACUCGCUCCACUUCUCUUCUGCUUGGCAGUAAGAGAACUAACUUCCAGUCUAUGCAGCGAGCUCAACAUCUGGUACCUGGAUGAUGGCACAUUGGCAGGUACUGAAGAGUCCUUAUUAGGGAACCUACAACUGGCGAAGUCACUUGGGACUCAUCCUCAAUCCCUCCAAGUGUGAAAUCACAAACCGAGAAAUAAUCAGUGCUGUGCGAACAAUCCUCCUGGAAGUCUCUACUACCACUCCAUCCAACAGUACCCUCUUGGGAGCACCUCUGGGACACCAGACCAUCGACAUGGUCCUCAAGGACAAACUGAAUGACCUGAAGAGAAUGGAGGAGAGAAUAAGUGUUCUUGAUGCCCUGUAUCUCCUCACAAGGUGUCUUACAAUACCAAGACUCGUGUACUUCCUGAGGUGCACACCCUCUUUUGACAACCCAUCACUCAACGAAUAUGAUGCACACCUGAGAUCAACCUUUAAGAAGUCACUGAAUCUGUCACUAGAGGAUCGGCAAUGGUAUCAGGCAACCCUCCCAGUGUGACUGGGAGGUAUAGGGGUGUGCAAAUCAGCACAGGUAGCUUUACCUGCAUUUCUGUCGUCGUGUUUGGCUUCAUGAUCCUAGCCCAUGGUCGGGCUCAGAGAGUAGAGGAACUCUUGAAACCCUCAAAGGUACAGUGGACCCCCGGUUAACGAUUUUAAUCCGUGCAAGAGGGGUAAUUGUUAUGCGAAAUAAUCGCUAUGUGAAUGAAUUUUCCCCAUAAGAAAUAAUGGAAAUCAAAUUAAUCCGUGCAAGACACCCAAAAGUAUGAAAAAAAAAAUUUUACCACAUGAAAUAUACAUUUUCCCACACACAAAGAGAAGGAUACAUGCACAAUAGUAGAGUAGUACAUGCACAGUAUAUAUUGUGCAUGUACUAGUCUACUAAAUGAAGAAUAAAUGACACUUACCUUUAUUGAAGAUGCAGCAAUGACUGAUGAGACACUGUGUCCUGGAGUGCCUUUUCCUCCUGAGUACUGUAGGUCCUGUUUGGCAUUUUCUUCCAGAACAGGCCUUAUCACACUGUGUAUGCCACUACGAUUCUUAAAUCUCUCAAACCAACCUUUGCUGGCUUUAAAUUCACCAAUAUGAGCACUAGUUCCAGGCAUUUUUCCCUGUUCACCUGGGUGUUAGUCGACUUGUGUGGGUUGCAUCCUGGGAGACAAGAUUAAGGACCCCAAUGGAAAUAAGUUAGACAGUCUUCGAUGACACUGACUUUUUUGGGUUAUCCUGGGUGGCAAAUCCUCUGGGGUUAAUUGUUUCUUGGUAUUCUCAAUAAGCCACACCAACAACGGUGCUACAGCAGCAGCAGCAGCUGACAGUGCAGCAGCAGCAGCAGCUGACAGUGCAGCAGCAGCAGCAGCUGACAGUGCAGCAGCAGCAGCAGCUGUACCACCAAUAGUAGCGAUGGUUGAUUGGGGUUUAUUAUACAACCUGGCCAGCUCGGAGACAUGCACUCCACUUUCAUACUUAUCAAUGAUCUUUUUCUUCAUCUCUAUUGUAAUUCUCACCCUUAUUGCUGUAGGGUUGGCACUAGAAGCUUUCUUGGGGCCCAUGGUCACUUAUUUUCCAGAAAAAGCACCGAAAACACUGUAAUAAUACGAAAUAUUCCGAUUGUAUGCUUGGAUGUUACCGCGGAGGCUGGCUGGUAAACAAUGCCACCGGCGGAACAUGUGAGCGUGGCUCAGGCCGCACAUUGGACGCGUCUCGGACGAAAAUCGGUAAGCGGGUUUUUAAGCGGUAUGUGAGGCAAAAUUUUUGCAAUUAAAGUUAGCGGUAUGCGAAAUAAUCGCUAUGUGAUGCCAUCGUUAUGCGGGGGUCCACUGUAUAUCUAAUGGAUUAGUCAAGAAGAUUGUUCCCAAAUGCUUGAGAGACAUAGGAGCUCAGGAUCCCAGGUUCACUGAAGCAGCCAUGUGGUGGGACACCCUUGCAGACUCCUCCAGUAGACCAUCUCCUCCCAAAGAGCACAAACAGUCCCACUGGGACAAACCGAUCAUGGAAAAAAUUGCCAACACAAUGCUCACCAAUGCUUCAGGAAAGGACAAAAUUCGUCUUCUAGCGGUAAAGGCACCACACUCGAGAGAUUUACUUCUAGCUGUUCCCAAUUCCUGCCUGGGCACUCGACUCUACCCACAGGCCAUUCGGAUUGGUGUUGCUGUUUGCCUAGUCGCCCCCAUCCUCACCGAACAUAGGUGUAUUUGUGGCAGGGUGAUGGCUGAUCAAUUCGGACUUCAUGGUCUCGUGUGUCACACAUCAGAAGGGAAGUAUGUCAGGCAUGAGGAGGUCAGUGGCAUAAAGAGAAGCCUCGCCACAGCCCAUUUCCCAGCCCAACGGAAACUCAAGUGCAGAGGUCUGACGGAAGUCAAAAGUGUCCUGAUGGAGCCAAUAUGCUAUCCUGGAAGGAUGGAAAGGAGAUUGCCUGAGACUACACCUGUGCUGCCACAUUGGCAGACACCUACUUCCCAUAUUUCAUAGCUAAAGGGGGUGGAGCUGCCAGCCACAGGGAGACCCAGAAGACUCACAAAUAUAAAGCCCUUCCCCUUCCCCUUUCCUAUAACUUCAUCCCAAUAGGCUCGGAGACCCAUGGAGCAUGGGGCAAGUGUGCUCUAAAUUUCCUCAGAGCUGGAUGAAAAACUCAUCAUAGAAACCAAGGACCACAGGGCAGCUAGCUUCCUCUUUCAGAAACUCAGUGUUGCAGUCCAGAGGGGAAAUGCCUGCAAUAUUCUGGGUACAUGGCCCACUGCUGGGGAACUGGACGAAGCAUUCAAGAUGUAGCUCUCAGUUAUCUAUGUUGUUUUACUCCCUAUUGUAUUUCUGUCAAUGUAUUUAGUCUUUAAAUGAAGUAUAUAUAAAAUAUAGGGGUGGUAUGAGAAAACAAUUUUCCAACAGCUUCAGGGAGAACCUUGAGUUUUCCCUGAAGCAAGCAACUGUCCCCAGGACAGUUCCAGAGGUGGUACCUCCUUAGACGGUGGUACCUCCCUACACAGUGGUACCUCAAGUUUCAAACAGCUACCAACUGGAAUAAUUAUGUAAGUGUACUUUUGGGGGUCUGAAAUGGACUAAUCUAAUUACAUUAUUCUUUAUGGGAACAAAUUUGUUUGGAAUUGGCACUAACAGCCUUCUGGAACAAAUUAAAUUUGUAACUCAAGGUACCACUAUAUAUAUACAGGUACCAUCCGACUUAUGACCAAGCUUGGUUCCGACCAUCUGGUUGUAAGUCAAAAUGGACGUAAGUCGAACCUUACUACUGAAUAUCAACAUCAUACUUUUGUAAUGAUUUUAUUUUAUUGUUUAAUUUUGGUAUUUCAUUUUUUACUUUACUUUUUAUGCUGUUAGUAUUGUAUUUUAUACUGUAAGGUUUAGGAUAAACACUGUGUACAACACAAACAGUUGUUUAUUUCCCAGAAAUUUGGCAUAAAAAACAUGGUCGUAAGUGUUGAGUGUUGAGCAGGUCGUAAGUUGGAUGACAGGUGUGUGUAUAUUUCUUUUUUAUUUUAUUUAUUUAUUUUUUUUAACAAGUCAGUCAUCUCCCACCGAGGUAGGGUGACCCAAAAAGAAAGAAAAUCCCCAAAAAGAAAAUACUUUCAUCAUCAUUCAACACUUUCACCUCACUCACACAUAAUCACUGUUUUUGCAAAGGUGCCCAGAAUACAGCAGUUUAGAAGCAUAUACGUAUAAAGAUACGCAACAUAUUCCUCCAAACAGCCAAUAUCCUGAACCCCUCCUUUAGACUGCAGGCAUUGUACUUCCCAUUUCCAGGACUCAAGUCCAGCUAUAUAAAAAUAACUGGUUUCUCUGAAUCCCUUCACUAAAUAUUACCCUGCUCACACUCCAACAGCUCGUCAGGUCUCAAAUAUCAUUCAUCUCCAUUCACUCCUAUCAAACAUGCUCAUGCACGCUUACUGGAAGUCCAAGCCCCAAGCCCACAAAACCUCCUUUACCCCUUCCAACCUUUUCGAGGACGACCCCUACCCCGCCUUCCUUCCCCUACAGAUUUAUACGCUCUCCAUGUCAUUCUACUUUGAUCCAUUCUCUGUAAAUGACCAAACCACCUCAACAACCCCUCUUCAGCCCUCUGACUAAUACUUUUGUUAACUCCACACCUUCUCCUAAUUUCCACACUCCAGAUUUUCUCCAUAAUAUUUACACCACACAUUGCCCUUAGGCAGGACAUCUCCACUGCCUCCAACCGCCUCCUCGCUGCAGCAUUUACAACCCAAGCUUCACACCCAUAUAAGAGUGUUGGUAUUACUAUACUUUCCUACAUUCCCAUCUGUGCCUCCAUAGACAAUGUUUUUUGUCUCCACAUAUAUCUCAAUGCACCACUCACCUUUUUUCCCUCAUCAAUUCUAUGAUUAACCUUAUCCUUCAUAAAUCCAUCCGCCAACACGUCAACUCCCAAAUACACCUACCAUCCGACUUACGACCGAGUUUGGUUCCGAGAAACCGGUUGUAAGUCAAAAUGGUCGUAAAUCGAACUUUACUACUGAAUAUCAACAAAACAUUUUUGUAAUGACUUUAUUUUGUUUUAUUUUGGUAUUUCAUGUUUUACUUUACUUUUUAUGUUAUUAGUACUGUAUUUUAUACUGUAAGGUUUAUGAUAAACACUGUGUACAACACAAAUAGUUGUUUAUUUCCCAGAAAUUUGGCAUAAAAAACAAGGUCGUAAGUCGAGUGGUCGUAAGUCGAGCAGGUCGUAAGCCGGAUGGUAGGUGUAUCUGAAAAUAUUCACUUCUUCCAUACUCCUCCUCCCCAAUUUGAUAUCCAAUUUUUCUUUAUCUAAAUCAUUUGAUACCCUCAUCACCUUACUCAUUUCUAUGUUCACUUUCAGCUUUCUACCUUUACACACAUUCCCAAACUCAUCCACUAACCCUUAGACAGGACAUCUCCACUGCCUCCAACCGCCUCCUUGCUGCAGCAUUUACAACCCAAGCUUCAGACCCAUAUAAGAAUGUUGGUACUACUAUACUUUCAUACAUUCCCAUCUGUGCCUCCAUAGACAAUGUUUUUUGUCUCCACAUGUAUCUCAAUGCACUAACCUUUUUUCCCUCAUCAAUUCUAUGAUUAACCUCAUCCUUCAUAAAUCCAUCCGUCGACACGUCAACUCCCAGAUAUCUGAAAACAUUCAUUUCUUACAUACUCCUCCCCAAUUUGAUAUCCAAUCUUUCUUUAUCUAAAUCAUUUGAUACCCUCAUCACCUUACUCUUUUCUAUGUUCACUUUCAACUUUCUACCUUUACACACAUUCCCAAACUCAUCCACUAACCUUUGUAAUUUUUCUAUAGAAUCUCCCAUAAGCACAGUAUCAUCAGCAAAAAGUAACUGUGUCAAUUCCCAUUUUGUAUUUGAUUCCCAUAAUUUAAUCCCACCCCUCUUCCGAACACCCUAGCAUUUACUUCUUUUACAACCCCAUCUAUAAAUAUAUUAAACAGCCAUGGUGACAUUACACAUCCCUGUCUAAGACCUACUUUACCAGGAAGUAGUCUCUCUUCUACACAACCUAACCUGAGCCUCACUAUCCUCAUAAAAACUCUUUACAGCAUUUAGUAACUUACCACCUAUUCCAUAUACCUGCAACAUCUGCCACAUUGCUCCCCUAUCCACUCUAUCAUAUGCCUUUUCUAAAAUCAUUAAUGCAAUAAAAACUUCCCUACCUUUAUGUAAAUACUGUUCACAUAUAUGCUUCAAUGAAAACACUUGAUCUACACAUCCCCUACCCACUCUGAAACCUCCUUGCUCGUCCGCAAUUCUACAUUCUGUCUUACCUCUAAUUCUUUCAAUAAUAACUCUACCGUACACUUUUCCUGGUAUACUCAGUAAACUUAUUCCUCUAUAAUUUUUACAGUCUCUUUUGUCUCCCUUCCUUUUAUAUAAAGGGAAUAUCCAUGCUCUCCGCCAAUCCCUAGGUACCUUUCCCUCUUUCAUUCAUUAAACAAAAAUACCAACCACUCCAACAUUAUAUCCCCUCCUGCUUUUAACAUUUCUGUCAUGAUCCCAUCAGUUUCAGCUGCUUUACCCCCUUUCAUUCUAUGUAAUGCGUCAUGCACCUCCCCCAAACUCACAUCCCAUUCUUCACUCCUAAAAGAUGGUAUACCUCCCUGGCCAGUGUGUGAAAUUACUGCCUCCCUUUCUUCGUCGACAUUUAAAAGUUCCUCAAAAUAUUCUCGCCAUCUACCAAAUACCUCCAUCUCCUCAUCUACUAACUCCCCUACUCUGUUUUUAACUGACAAAUCUAUUCAUUCCUUAGGCUUUCUUAACUUGUUUAACUCAAAAAAUUUUUCUUAUUUUCUUUAAAAUUUCUUGACAGUGCCUCUCCCAUUCUAUCAUCUGCACUCCUUUUGUACUCUCUCACCACUGUUCACCUUUCUUUUAUUCUCCAUAUACUCUAUUCUGCUUUCAACACUUCUGCUUUGUAAAAACCUCUCAUAAGCUAACUUUUUCUCUUUUAUCAAACCCUUUACUUCAUCAUUCCACCAAUCACUCCUCUUUCCUCCUGCACCCACCCUCCUAUAACCACAAACUUCUUCCCCACAUUCUAAUACUGCAUUUUUAAAACUAUUCCAACCCUCUUCAACCCCCUCCCCACUACUCAUACCUGCACCAGCCCACCUUUUUGCCAGUAGUUGCUUAUAUCUCACCCAAACUUCCUCCUCCCUUAGUUUAUACACUUACACCUCCCUCUUACUUGUUGCCAUUUUCCUCUUUUCCCAUCUACCUCUUACUCUCACUGUAGCUACAACUAAAUAAUGAUCCGAUAUAUCAGUUGUCCCUCUAUAAACGUGUACAUCCUGGAGCCUACUCAUCAACCUUUUAUCCACCAAUACAAAAUCUAACAAACUACUUUCAUUAUGUGUAAUAUCAUACCUUGUAUAUUUAUUUAUCCUCUUCUUCAUAAAAUACGUAUUAUUACAAAACCUCUUUCUACACAUAGCUCAAUUAAAGGCUCCCCAUUUUCAUUUACCCCUGGCACCCCAAAUUUACCUACUACUCCCUUCACAACAUUUUUGCCCACUUUAGCAUUGAAAUCCUCAACCACCAUUACUCUCACACUUGGUUCAAAACUCCCCAUGCAUUCACUCAACAUUUCCCAAAAUCUCUCUCCUCUACACUUCUAUCUUCUCCAGGUGCAUAUACACUUACUAUAACCCACUUUUUACAUCCAACCUUUAUUUUACUUCACAUAAUCCUUGAAUUAAUACAUUUAUAGUCCCUCUUUUCCUGCCAUAGCUUAUCCUUCAACAUUAUUGCUACUCCUUCUUUAGCUCUAACUCUAUUUGAAACCCCUGACCUAAUCCCAUUUAUUCCUCUCCACUAAAAUUCUCCCACCCCCUUCAGCUUUGUUUCACUUAAAGCCAGGACAUCCAGCUUCUUCUCAUUCAUAACAUCCACAGUCAUCUCUUUCUUAUCAUCUGCACAACAUCCACGCACAUUCAGACUUCCCACUUUGACAAUUUUCUUCUUAUUCUUUUUUGUAAUUAUUACAGGAAAAAGGGUUACUAGCCCAUUGUUCUCGGCAUUUUAGUUGAUUUUUACAACACGCAUGGCUUACGGAGGAAAGAUUCUUAUUCCACUUCCCCAUGGACAUAAAAGGAAAAGUAAUGAAACCAAGAACUAUUAAGAUAAAAUCAAAGAAAACUCAGAUGAGUGUGUAUAAAUAAACAUGUACAUGUAUGUGUAGUGUGACCUAAGUGUAAGUAGAAGUAGCAAGACGUACCUGUAAUCUUGCAUAUUUAUGAGACAGACAAAAGACACCAGCAAUCCUUCCAUCAUGUAAAAAAGUUACCAGCUUUUGUUUUACACUCACUUGGCAGGACAGUAGUACCUCCCUGAGUGGUU